CUAAUAAUGUCAAAGAAGUUAAAGUUCCUUCAGAGGUUUAAAAUAUUAAUGUGAUGUUUCCCUCUUUUAUUAUAAACCGGCAGUUAUUCAAAAAGUCUGGGCAGACAUUUGUAGUUCUCAACAUUUCAUUUCAUUCAAAGAUUUUAUAUCUGGUUUCUCCCAACAUGAUGAAAUUUUUCACAUAACAAAAUACACAAAAGAUAAUGUAGUGAGGGAGUAAUAAGGAUUGUGCGGUGAGAUAAAAAAAAUAGAAGGGCGUCUAAAAAGUUGCAAUAUCUAAAAUGAAAUAAGAAACAUGUUAGCACAACAAUCAGAAGAAAACAGAAAUAAAAUUAGAAUAAUAUAUGUCAACAAUAUGUCAAAUGCUAAUGAGAAGUACAGCAUACAAUGGUGCUAAAGACAAUGUCACUUAUUAUUAAUCUAAUACUCAUGGCAAAAAUGUUACUUUCACAAAUGUACAUUGACUAAUAAAACCAUCUUGCAGUAUUAUUAAAAGAAGCUGUCACAAAAUGAUCCAAGUUAAAUCAUAAAACAGGCAAAAUCAUUUAUUUAUAAGGUCUAUCACACAUGUUUUAUUCUUUCACUUCAUUCUUUCCAUUUGAUUUGUUUACUUCUGUCAUUUAUUUACCCCUGCUUGUAUUCAUUUUGUAUUAAUUUGCCCUUCAUCUCUUCUCUCAACACUUGGUGGCGCUGAUAUCUUGUAUUGCUUUUCGUUUCAAAAGUAAAAUCAAAAGAAAUGUUUUGUCGAUGUCGGCUUCAGGCUUUUACUGUGAAGGUCUCAUCAGGAAGCGGUCGUCCUCCUCUUCCGGUCGAUUUAAAGAUGGCGGUGGCUCUUGACGCCGCGGAGAGGUUGGUGUUUUUCGCGCCAUUGUGAGAUUUUGCUGCAUUUAAUCCCGGACAGAAAGCUCCGAUGCUGAUGUCAUGAGGAGCGGGUCACCGUGCAGGGUUACCGGAUGCCUCGUGUGAACCGGACAGCCGUUUUAUUGCUGCUGAUAGCCAGCAGCUCCGUGUUCCUGCUGUUUCAGCUGUAUUACUACCGGAAGUACGUGGGCAAGUCUGGACCUCACAUCCUGAGUCGAGCAGGUCACCUGAGCGCCAGUGACGUCCAAUGGACGGUUAAGAAGUUCCUGGCGUUAGCGCAGCGUUUUCGGCUGCCAAUGUUUCUUACCGACAUCGCAGCGCUAACAUUGCUCUCCCAGGAUGCAUUGCGGCAGCGCGAUCGGCAGGUGCAUGAGCCACACUGCAGCUUCUUGUGCACCAACCGGCCAAUCACGUCGUUCGCGCUGCAUGCCAACCUGUGGAAGUACGAUCCUGGCUUCCUGUUGGCUGCUGAGCAGAAAGGCUUCGAGCUGCUGGAGCUGCGCGGAGAGGACCCGCGAUUGGCUAGUCUGGACACCCUAUCAGGAGAGGACAUCCCUCUGCACCUCCUGUUCCGCCUCCAUGGUUAUAUUAUCCAGGUGGUGUUCCUGUACGAGCGCAGCGGGAACUACCUAUGGCACGGAGCGCUACGCCUCAAAGCUAACAUGGACCGAAGCUUCGCUCCAUUCAAAUUGCUAGACUACGGACAUCACGCCGGAGCCUAUGACAGGCCGGAGCUGGUCCUGACUGUCCUGGACGGCCUCGAUGUUCAAGUCCCACGCAACGUUUCCCGCUUCUUGUCCGAACAGCGACAUGCCCGCUUCCUGGAAUGCCGAUACCGUGACGCCCGCAACUUUCUCCAGCUCUACCCUGAUGACUCGUCUCCGGCAGCCGUGGAUUUUCGCAGGAAAGUGAAGUCGUUGCUUCAUUUAGCCGCUCGAACACUUGCUCACCUCGACAUUCCCUUCUGGCUCAGCAGCGGCACCUGUCUAGGCUGGUUCAGGCAGUGCAGUAUUAUCUCGUACAGUCAUGACGUUGAUAUCGGGAUUUUCAUCGUAGACUUCAGGACAGACAUCCUCGCAGCGUUCAGAGAUGCCGGUCUGUCUCUCAAACACAAGUUUGGAAAGGUGGAGGACAGUCUGGAGCUGUCAUUUCUGAGUGAGGAUGUCAAACUGGACGUUUUUUUUUUCUACGAAAACAACGACAUCGUCUGGAACGGAGGAACGCAGGCAAAGAGCGGAAGGAAGUUCAAAUACGUCUUCCCCCGGUUCUCGCUCUGCUGGGCGGAGCUUCUUGAGCUGAAAGUUCGCGUUCCGUGCGAAACACUUGACUACGUUACUGCGAAUUAUGGCGCCUCCUGGAGUGUCCCAAUGAGGAGCUGGGACUGGAAGUCGUCGCCUAGCAACGUGCAGGAAAACGGGGUUUGGCUUCUGUCUGAGUGGGCGGAGGUUAUCCAAGUUUACUGAGAGGAAAUACCAUGAAGAUGAGAAAAUAAAAUCAACAGCAUUCAAAUAAAGACCAAAUGUAAAAAAGCUGUAACAAGUUGAACUGUUGUUUUCACAUCAGAAUGAUGAGCUCAUCCCCCCGAUAACACUAAUAAUAAUAAUAAUGUUAUCUACGGAUAUGUUAGAGAUCAUUUUCAUAAUUAGCCCAGAUUUUGUCAUUAAUUUCAAGCUGUUUAACUUCAUAUUAAAAUGACUUCUCCACCA